UUGUGCCCAUAUUGUGAUGAACCACUUCCAUGUAAUCCAACGUCACAACUGAAUGAUCUCUUGGCCACUGCGAAGCAGCAAUCUUACGGAGACCCGAGUCCUCAAAAUCCUUUUGGACUUAAGGCUCCUCUAGCAAUUUAUAUCUCAGCCUGUCAGCAGCAUCGCUUCGAAACGCAUUGGUUGCCUGAGGCUCUGGAGAAAGGAUGGCCACAAAGCAUUGACUUCAAGGAGGUGCCCAAGAGAGUCGAGAGCAUGAAGAGUGCACUUGAAGAUUUAAUCCCCGAU